GAGCAAAUUCAGAGUGUCUCAUUUGCGAUGAUGCCCUAGGAUGCUCCAUUAGGCGUCAGUUGCUCCGUUCCUUUGGUGUUUCCACAACCAGCUAGAGCUUCCCAAUUACGUUAUGUCAUCUUCCAAACCCCCCCCAUCCAUUUCUCUGGAUUAGCUUUACGAGUAUAUUCCGUCCACUAAUUUCCGAUCUUCCAGGAAAUCCUAUCGUCGUAGUCUCCCGUCCAACAAGCCCUAGUUUUCGACCUUUUGGGUGGGGUUUGAACCGGUGUGCGAUGAACAACAAUAGGGGUAGGUAUCCGCCGGGAAUCGGCGCUGGCCGAGGCGGAGGCAUGAAUCUGAACCCGGCGUUCCAGUCGAGGGUCCCGCAGCAACAUUACGUGCAGAGGAGCUUGGUGCAGCAGCAGAACCACCACCAGCAACAGCAGCACCAGUACCAGCAACAACAGCAGCAGUAUCAUCAGCAACAGCAACAGCAACAGUGGCUUAGGAGAGGCCAGUUGGGUGGUGCCGAUUCAAUUGUCGACGAGGUCGAGAAAACUGUGCAGUCCGAGGCCGUCGACUCAAGUUCACAAGACUGGAAGGCAAGGCUAAAGAUACCUCCGCCUGAUACACGCUAUAGAACUGAGGAUGUGACAGCAACUAAGGGAAAUGAGUUUGAAGACUACUUUUUGAAGCGUGAGUUGCUUAUGGGAAUAUAUGAGAAGGGGUUUGAAAGACCAUCUCCUAUUCAGGAAGAAAGUAUUCCUAUUGCUUUAACUGGGAGUGAUAUUCUUGCUAGAGCAAAAAAUGGAACUGGGAAAACAGCUGCAUUUUGCAUUCCUGCAUUGGAAAAAAUUGAUCAAGAUAACAAUGCUAUCCAAGUUGUUAUACUCGUUCCAACCCGAGAGUUGGCUCUUCAAACAUCACAAGUCUGUAAAGAACUUGGGAAGCAUUUGAAUAUCCAAGUUAUGGCUACAACGGGUGGUACUAGCUUAAAGGAUGAUAUCAUGCGCUUAUAUCAACCAGUUCAUUUACUAGUUGGAACUCCUGGAAGAAUCUUAGAUCUUGCUAAAAAAGGUGUUUGCAUUUUGAAAGACUGUUCUAUGCUUGUUAUGGAUGAGGCUGAUAAGCUUCUGUCUCCGGAAUUUCAACCAUCGAUAGAGCAGCUAAUUCGAUUUCUGCCUGCAAACCGUCAAAUAUUGAUGUUUUCAGCUACAUUUCCUGUUACAGUCAAGGACUUUAAAGACAGAUAUCUUCAAAAGUCAUAUAUUAUUAACCUUAUGGAUGAGCUUACUCUGAAGGGUAUCACACAGUUUUAUGCUUUUGUUGAAGAAAGACAGAAAGUCCACUGCCUAAAUACCCUUUUCUCCAAGCUGCAAAUAAACCAAUCAAUCAUCUUCUGCAACUCAGUGAAUCGGGUUGAACUAUUGGCCAAGAAAAUUACUGAACUUGGUUAUUCGUGUUUUUAUAUUCAUGCAAAGAUGCUGCAAGACCAUCGGAACAGAGUAUUUCAUGAUUUCCGCAAUGGUGCAUGCAGGAAUCUGGUUUGCACUGAUCUAUUUACAAGGGGAAUAGACAUUCAAGCAGUCAAUGUGGUUAUUAACUUUGAUUUUCCCAAGAACUCAGAAACAUAUCUGCACAGGGUUGGUCGAUCUGGAAGGUUUGGGCACCUUGGUUUAGCCGUGAAUUUGAUCACAUAUGAGGACCGCUUUAACUUGUACCGGAUUGAGCAAGAACUUGGGACUGAGAUAAAGCAAAUUCCACCACAUAUUGAUCAGGCAAUAUACUGUCGGUGACUGCUGGUAGAUAUCUCUUACCGUGUGGUCAAUGAUGGUUGAUGCUGUCCAGUUAAGAAGGUUAUCUAGCUUAAUUAUAGAGGACGCAUUCUGGAAGUAUGUAUUGGGGAAAAAGUCCUUUUGUCCAAGUGGAAGGUAUUUCCCUUGGAUUGCUUUUAUUAGUUUCUGGAUUUUCAGAGCCCCAGAGGCAUGUUUUAGAUUGGCUUAGGAAAGAAAAACCCAGAUAGAUAUCUGCUGGGUCCAAGUUCACAGUUGCAUUUAGAUUUUAUUAUCAGUCUGGUUUCCUGCUAUACCGUGAUUCUAGUUUGAUCGCCGUUGAUGGGUUUGCCUUGCGCAAGAAAUCCAUUGGCUUCUCUUAUUCCGUUU